AUGCUAGUUAGGUUAGUAGUGGGAGAAGAUGUCAUAUCGAUCAUUAGUGCAUAUGAGCCGCAAGUUGGGCUAGAUAAGGAAAUCAAACGUGAGUUAUGGGAUAACCUGGGUGACCUAGAUACCAUCCCUUCCGAUAAAAAAUUUUUUGUAGGUGGAGACUUUAAUGGACACAUAGAUAAGGAGGCAGUUAACUAUAACUCAGUUUAUAGUGAGUUUGGUUAUGGCGUAAGGAACGAGAGUGGUGAGAUCUUGCUUGAGUUUGCGUUAGCAAAGAAGGAUGAGCACUUGAUUUCGUACAAGAAGGAUGACCCAAAUUGA